AUGAAGACCAGCAUCCUGCUUAUGUUCCUUUGGGGGUUGUCCUGUGCACUCCCAGUAACCAGGUAUCAAAAUACUGAAUCUGAGAGCUCUGAAGAAUGGAAGGAUCACUUGGCUCAGACGCCAACACCACCUUUGGAGAACAGUGAGUCAUCGGAAGAAAGUAAAGUUAGCUCAGAGGAACAGGCAAAUGAAGACUCCAGUGACAGUGCUGAAUCGGAGGACAGCCUUGAUGAUCAUCAAUAUAUGCAUAGACCAGCUGGUGGCCUCUCUAGGAGUGGAGGAAAAGAAGGAGAUGAUAAAGAUGAUGAUGAAGAUGACAGUGGAGAUGACACUUUUGGAGAUGAUGACAAUGGCCCAGGACCUGAAGAAAGACAAGGAGGAAAAUCCAGACUCAAAAGUAAUGAAGACUCAGCUGACUCCACACAAUCCAGGGAAGAUAGUCCCCCACUAGGGGAAGAUAGUGCCCAAGAUACCACCAGUGAGAGCAGGGACCUUGACAAUGAGGAUGAGAUGAACAGCAGGCCUGAGAGAGGUGACUCUGUUCAAGAGAGUGACAGUAAGGAACACUGGGUAGGAGGUGGCAGUGAAGGGGAUAGUAGCCACGGGGAUGGCUCUGAGUUUGGUGAUGAAGAAAUGCAGAAUGAUGAUCCAGAUACUAUCAGGAAUGAGAGAGGCAACUCCAGAAUGAAUAGUGCCAGUGUCAAAUCAGAAGAAUCAAAAGGAAACAGUGAUGAGCAAGCAAGCACUCAGGAUUCAGGUGACAGCCAAUCAAUGGAGUAUCCCAGGAGGAAAAUUUUCAGAAAAUCCCGCAUUUCUGAAGAAGAUGACAUAGGUGAGCUUGAUGAUAGCAACACAGUGGAAGAAGUCAAGAGUGACUCAACAGAAAAUGCCAACUCCAAAGAAACUGGCCUCAGCCAAUCCAGGGAAAACAGUGAGAGUGAAUCUGUAGAAGAGAGUGAGGAGAAUCAGUCCCAAGAAGACAGUCAAAACAUACAAGACCCCAGUAGUGAGUCUAGUCAAGAGGUGGAUCUCCCAUCUCAAGAAAAUAGUAGUGAAUCUCAGGAAGAGGUAGUGACUGAGUCCAGGGGUGACAACCCAGAUAACACCACCAACCACUCAGAUCAGGAAGAUAGUGACUCCAGUGAAGAGAACAGCUUGAAUAAACCCUCCAGUUCAGAAAGUGAAUCCACAGAGGAGCAGGCUGACAGUGAAUCCAACGAAAGCCUCAGAUCCUCAGAGGAAAGCCCAGAGUCCACUGAGGAGAACAGUUCUAGCCAGGAGGACCUUCAGUCUCACAGUGCCUCAGCAGAGAGCCAGAGUGAAGAAAGCCAGUCUGAGCAGGACAGCCAGUCUGAGGAAGAUGAUGCCAGUGAUUCUCAGGACAGCAGCAAAUUAAAAGAAGACAGCAACUCAACUGAGAGCAAAUCAAGCAGUGAGGAAGAUGGCCAGUCAAAAAACACUGAGAUAGAAAGCAGAAAAUUAAUAGUUGACACUUAUCACAACAAACCCAUUGGGGAUCAAGAUGACAAUGACUGCCAAGAUGGCUAUUAG